AUGGUGGACAGGACCCAAGGAUGGUGGACAGGACCCAAGGAUGAUGGACUGGACCCAAGGAUGGUGGACAGGACCCAAGGAUGGUGGACAGGACCCAAGGAUGGUGGACAGGACCCAAGGAUGGUGGACUGGGAUGGUGGACUGGACAGGGAUGAUGGACAGGGCCCAAGGAUGGUGGGAUGGACAGGACCCACAGGAUGGUGGACAGGACCCAAGGAUGGUGGACUGACCCAAGGAUGGUGGACAGGACCCAAGGAUGGUGGACAGGACCCAAGGAUGGUGGACAGGACCCAAGGAUGUGGACAGGACCCAAGGAUGAUGGACAGGGCCCAAGGAUGGUGGGGAUGGUGGGACAGGACCCAAGGAUGGUGGACAGGACCCAAGGAUGGUGGACAGGACCCAAGGAUGGUGGACAGGACCCAAGGAUGGUGGACUGACCCAAGGAUGGUGGACAGGACCCAAGGAUGGUGGACAGGACCCAAGGAUGGUGGACAGGACCCAAGGAUGAUGGACAGGAUGGAUGGUGGACAGGACCCAAGGAUGGUGGACAGACCAAGGAUGAUGGACUGGACCCAAGGAUGGUGGACAGGACCCAAGGAUGGUGGACAGGACCCAAGGAUGAUGAACAGGACCCAAGGAUGGUGGACAGGACCCAAGGAUGGUGGACAGGACCUAAGGAUGAUGGACAGGACCCAAAGAUGGUGGACAGGACCCAAGAAUGAUGGACAGGACCCAGGGAUAAUGGAGAAGUCAAUGAGAGAAUUUGGCUGA